GACGCGCACGUGUGUGAGGAAAACAACAUGAAGCGCACGAAGAGUAAAAUUUCUGCCGUGACAACACUUAGAAAAUCCGCGAAUAAUCCUAUUCUGGUCAAGUUCCAGAAUGGAGAUUUGCUGCCCGGCGCGCAAGAGAACCUCGAGUGUCACUUGGCAGUGGAUAAGCAUGACAAGAAGUCCAAGAAGCUCAUUGUCUCUAGCGACGCCUCGGCGUACAUCGGAAAUGUGGAGCGAGAUCCGCAGAUGAACACAUUCAUCGCCAUCCGGAAUAGCGUGACGAACAAGAUGAGAUUCGUUCAGGUGGAAACGUGUUCGCUGCUGAGCGAACAUGUGCUCAAGGUUGGGAAUGACAGCGCCGUCCGGACGGCCAUGGAUGACAACGAGCGCUCGCUGUACAUGCAGUUCGGUGGGAAGAGGGCAAUUAAGGCGUUCGACAAGUACAACAGGAUGAAAGUGAAUGUGGACAUCGUGAAGGACGAUCUGGACAGCACACUUCAGAGUCACAGUGAAGCUGUCAAGGAUGAGCAAGACACUCCUGACUUCGGGGAGAAUGCAGAGAGCCCAAUUGUGCCGCCCAUGAACAAGGAUGCGAAGAAUGUGAGGGAAUUGUAUUCAGUGGUGGAGAUUCUGUCGCCGGAAUUGCUGUCAGAGCUCGAUAGUGUGGCUCAGGAAGUCACAAAGACACCUCCAGAGGAGCUUCCGAUCGACAAUGACUUUGUCCUUCAUCGUAUUCGCAAAGUUCAGCAAUCCAGCAAACUGGACUCCGAGGAGAGUCUGCUGAAGAUCAAGGCGCUGAUCUAUCUCGAUGCCCUGAUGAAUCUCGUGAAGAAGAUCAGGAGGGGGCAGAAUUUCACACACGUGAGCUUCUCUGACAUCUGUGACAAUGUUGAGAUGGACAUUCGGAAGCGCUUCAUUGAGCCCAAGACGUCGAAAGUGGUGAAGACGGCUUACACAACGCGCAAAGCCGUCUGCCACAUCCUCAUCCUGGGCAUUUUGCUGUCAGAGAAGCUCGAGAUAAGCGUGACUGAGAUGGUGGAGCAGCUGAAGACGACCAACAGGAAGGAACUCUUUGAAUUCGCCAUCUAUUUGGGACUGAAAGUGUCUUCGAAGGAGUUCUUGGGCCUGAGAUUGCCAUCGGAAAUGGAUGAGAAGCGUCGCAUGAAGCCCGAGGGAAGGAAGCGGAGAAAGUGAAGAAAAUCAUAUUUUGAGGUAUAUGAAAUUCAUUUUAUUGA